UCCUGUUGGACUUUGGUUUAAAGUUUGUCUCACUAUGGCUGCGGAAGAGCUGGAUACAAUGGAUGUCAUUACUAAGUUGUCAAACCAAGCCCUGCAGGAGUAUGAGGGCCUGCAGAGGAAGCACGAGACAGCAGCCAUGGAGUGCAAGAGGCUGGAGGGGGAGAGGGACGAGGCCAUCAAGAAGCUCAAUGAGUUCCAGCAAGUUUCUCAGAUGGUCAUUGAAGAGGUCAGCGCCAUUCAGGAGAACCUGGAGAUCGAGAGGACGUGUAGAGAAAGUGCUGAAGCCCUGGCCUCCAAGCUGAACCGUCAGAACCGCUCGCUGAAGAGGAAGAGCAUGAUGCUGCUGCCCCACCUCAGCCCAGAGACCAUCACUGAGAUCAACCUUGAGGUUGAUGAAGAGGAGGAGGAGGAGGAGGAAGAGGAGAGCGAAGAGCUACAUGCAGCCAGCAAAGUCUGCCUCUCUCCCCAGAGCCAGACCACCUUCUCAGAGCUACAAAAUAAGUUGGAGAAACAUCAAGCAGUCCCUGAUCUUGAGGCCGUGAGAGAACAACUGAGGGAAACCAGGGAAGAACUGCUGAAAGAGAAACACGAUAACACAGGUUUAAUUGCUGAGACAGUGCGCCAAAAGAAGCUCCUGGGGAAAUAUAACAGAGUGUCUCAGUUUGCUGUGGGGGAAUAUGAAGCCUUACAGGACACCUUUAACCUGGAGAGGGACCUGAGGACAGAGGCAGAGAGCUUUGCCAGAGCGAUGUUGGUCGAGCAAAAAAAGCUGAAGAGACAGAGUCAGAUCCUGAUGCAGAGCUCGUCGCCCAGUCAGGCUCUACAGGAAGCCCUCGGCCAGGUCACCAGACUGACCCAGGAUCUGGAGACACAGAGGCUGGAGUACCAGAACCAGAUAAAGCAGAUGGAGGACAGACUGAUGAGCUGUGAGGCUCAGAGGGAGCUGACGGCAUUGAGGCAUGAACUGGAGCUCCUGGAGGAGGAGAAGAGGGAGUACAGUGACAAAUGCUCCAGGGCUGAAACGGAGGUCAAGGAUCUGCGGUUCACAGUUGAGGAGCUCCAGAAGAAAUUGCAGGCAGCUACCAACCCACACCCAGCUCCAGCACCUCCACCGCCACCUCCACCUCCCCCGCUACCUCCACCUCCUCCCCCAGCUACGGCCUCCAACCCGCUCAGUUCGCUGUUAUCAUUGAUCCGAAAAAGAAGAGACAUCAAUACUGACAUCCCACUGGUGGUCCAGGACUCAGCCAAGACACCAGAGGUGGAUAUCAGGCAUCAGGCAGUGGAGGAAAUGAUGCAUCGGAUCAAGAAAGGCGUUCAACUUCGACGUGUCGGCCAGUCACCUAAUAGAACCAGGAGACAGAUGGAGAGACUGCCCUCUAAUUCUGCCAUUCAGGAACUUAAAGGAAUCAUGGAGAAUUUCAGUAGAACUCCCCCCCAACCAAAGGCAGUGUCCCCAACAACAAACCGCGAUGAGGAGCUGCAGAAGAUCCUGCUGAGACGGCGGGACGCAGUGGAGUCCCAACACGAUGCCAGUAAGUUUCAUCUCCUUCACUUUAGAAGGCAUAUACCAGGUCUCCAUCCCAUCCUCUCCCCCGCUGUGUGAAGGGUGCUACCAGGCUGAGGUCAGCCCUGACACGAGCAAUAUAUAGACAGGAUGUGGGUGACGGAAGAUUACACGACACACAAUCAAUGUCUGGCACUUCAGUUUACUGCGUGUAUACACAAUGCAUUUAAAAAUAAUCGUUUCAGACUGUAUUAUUAGGAGUCAGUAAUGCAGUCAGAUGGGUCCUAAGUGGAUUUCCACAUCAGAAAAAAAAGGAAAAAUCUGAGCAGUCAUCCUGGUUGUGAAUAAAGACAGAGGUUAUGUAACACCUGAACUAAGA